AUGCCUACAGAGAUACCACAGAUGGACAUGGACUGGUACCCUCCCCGAUGGAAUGCAGCCGACAUCCCACCUCAUCUGCUCCAAUCCGGACCACCUCCAGUAGCACCAACAUCAUCAGGUCCAGAGCCAAACGAUAUUUUCAAUAGGCUAAAAUGGUCUGUACUAGAUUCUCCAUCGGACGUACAGGUCUUUGGACCGGACGACGAAGGAGUUUUGCAAUGGCGCCCACUUACCGAGGAGUCCAGCAAGUCACAGCUUGACGAGACGGCAAUGUAUCCUCCAAAAUCACGCCUGGAAAUCACGAUUGAACCACUGCAAAGCUGGUGGCACUGGCACGAUUCGGAUACAAAGCAUCUACGGCCAGCACAAUUGCUCAUUGAGAACGCAGACGGACAGCCGAUCUCUGUUCGGCAAUUCAUCCAAGCCGUUCACGCCUAUGCACUUCCCCUGCGCAAGCUUCUUCUGCGGUGCAUGGAUGUAACAGACCCAUCGAAUCAACAGCGCGCACGUUUCUUCUUCGACAUGAUUACGGGAGGCUCAGUGGGGGAAGUAUCCGGCCAGCAAGGAUUCGCGGUCAACGUUGUGGAGGACCCUGCGGGUGAUGGAGAGAAAUGUGCAUGGAUUUGGGAAAAUGUGGAGAUUAAGGUCAAGAAACAGUCUGCCUCUCAGUGA